AUGGGCCUCAGCCAGGAAGAUGUGGAGAAGUUUCUCAAUGAGAAUCCCACCUUCACGGAGCAAUACUUUGAAAAGGUUCUGAGCCCUGAGAAUGUGGUUGGUGCGUGUGAGGGAAGGAGUCUGGUGGACUUCUCCACCUUUAAAGAGCUAUGCCAGGUGGAAGAGAGUGAAGCCCUCUUCGAGGUCAUUCAGGACAUGCAAGAAAGCAUCAACAUGGAGAAGGUGGUCUUCAAGAUCCUUAGGAAGGUAUGCACCAUCAUUCACGCCGACCGCUGCAGCCUCUUCAUGUAUCGGCAGAGGAAUGGCGUUGCAGAACUGGCCACAAGGCUCUUCAAUGUCCAGCCUGACUGUACCUUGGAGGAGUGCCUGGUGCCCCCUGACUCGGAGAUUGUCUUCCCUCUGGACAUCGGGGUCAUAGGACACGUGGCACAGACAAAGAAGACCGUCAACAUCCAGGACGUUAACGAGUGCCAGCACUUCAGCUCAUUUGCAGAUGAGCUUACUGAAUAUGUGACCAAGAACAUACUUGCUACACCCAUCAUGAAUGGCAAGGAUGUCGUUGCUGUAAUCAUGGCCAUAAAUAAAACCAGUGGUCCAUUUUUCACCAGUGAAGACCAAGAUGUUUUCUUGAAGUAUCUGAAUUUUGCCACCUUAAACCUGAAAAUCUAUCAUUUGAGUUAUCUGCACAACUGUGAAACUCGAAGAGGCCAGGCUAACGACAUCAGAAAACAGGAAAAUGUGACUGCCAAAGUUCCCUGCCUCCUGGAGGUGGAGACAGGCAAAUUGAAGAGCUACUACACAGAUCUGGAAGCUUUUGCUAUGGUGACAGCUGGCCUGUGCCAUGACAUUGAUCACAGGGGAACCAACAACCUCUACCAGAUGAAAUCCCAGAAUCCAUUAGCAAAGCUUCAUGGCUCAUCAAUUCUAGAGAGACACCAUCUGGAGUUUGGGAAGUUCUUGCUUGCAGAAGAGAGCCUGAAUAUUUAUCAGAACCUGAAUCGUCGACAACAUGAACAUGUGAUCCAUCUGAUGGACAUCGCCAUUAUUGCCACGGAUUUGGCCCUCUACUUCAAAAAAAGAACAAUGUUUCAGAAGAUUGUGGAUGAAUCCAAGGGGUAUGAUGACAAGAAAAGCUGGGUGGAAUACCUUUCCCUGGAGACAACAAGGAAAGAGAUUGUCAUGGCCAUGAUGAUGACUGCAUGUGAUUUAUCUGCCAUCACCAAGCCGUGGGAAGUCCAGAGUAAGGUAGCACUGCUGGUGGCUGCUGAGUUCUGGGAACAAGGUGACUUGGAAAGAACAGUGCUUGAUCAGCAGCCAAUUCCCAUGAUGGACAGGAACAAAGCUGCUGAGCUGCCUAAGCUGCAAGUGGGGUUCAUUGACUUUGUAUGCACAUUUGUGUACAAGGAGUUUUCACGUUUCCAUGAGGAAAUCCAACCCAUGUUUGACAGGCUGUUGAAUAACAGGAAGGAGUGGAAGGCCCUGGCUGAUGAAUAUGAGGCGAAAGUGAAGGCUUUGGAGGAAGAAAAGAAAACACAAGAGGAAAGAAAUGUAGCCAAGAAAGCUGGUACGGAGAUAUGCAAUGGAGGCCCAGCUCCAAAGUCUUCCACCUGCUGCAUCCUCUAA